CAAUAGUCUUUCUUCUUUCUUUCUCUAAGUCCAAAAUGGAGGCUCUUUAUGGUUUGCCCUUCCACGUUCUAGAAAUCCCACAUUUAAAGCUAAAAAAACCAUCAUGGGUUAAAGCACCGUCAGCCAUGGUCGUAUUUGCACUUGUUCUGCUCUCAUACUUUUUGGUUUGUGGAGGGAUAAUUUAUGAUGUGAUUGUCGAGCCCCCAAGUGUGGGUAGCACAACCGAUGAACAUGGACACAGCAAACCUGUUGCUUUCAUGCCGUACAGAGUUAAUGGACAGUACAUCAUGGAGGGUCUUGCCUCCAGCUUCUUGUUCUCUAUGGGGGGCAUAGGGUUCAUCAUCCUAGACAAGUCUAAUUCAGUGGGCAUGUCCAAGCUUAACCGGUUCCUACUACUUUUUAUUGGUUUUGUGUGCGUGCUUGUAUCAUUCUUCACCUGCCGUGUCUUCAUGAGAAUGAAGCUUCCUGGCUAUCUGCAGACCUACUAGACGACCAACUAGUUCACCCCAAGAUCACCAUUAUCAGUUUGUAAUUUAGAGAAUAAAAAGAUUUUUAUCAUAAA